AUGGGGCUGCCACUAGCCCGCCUGGUGGCCCUCUGCCUGACUCUGACCUGGGCCGGGGGCUCAGAGCUCCGGAGAGAAGGCAGGACCCGGAACCACGGCCACAGCGUCUGCAGCACGUGGGGCGACUCCCACUACAAGACCUUCGACGGAGACGUCUUCCGCUUCCCCGGGCUGUGCGACUACAACUUCGCCUCUGACUGCCGGGACGCCUACCAGGAGUUCGCUGUGCACCUGAAACGGGGCCCCGGCCGCAGUGGGGGCCUCCCCCAGGUCGAGUACAUCCUGCUGACCCUCAAGGGUGACACCGUCUACCUCACCAGCCAGCUCACCGUGGUGAACGGUGUCAUGGUCAGCAGCCCGCACUACAGCUCGGGGCUGCUCAUCGAGAAGAGUGAUGCCUACACCAAGGUGUAUUCCCGUGCUGGCCUCACGCUCAUGUGGAACCGGGAGGACUCGGUCAUGCUGGAGCUGGACAGUAUGUUCCGGAACCACACGUGCGGCCUCUGCGGUGACUACAACGGCCUGCAGACCUACUCUGAGUUCCUCUCCGAUGGCGUGCGCUUCAGUCCCAUCGAGUUUGGGAACAUGCAGAAGAUCAACAAGCCCGAGGAGGUGUGCGAUGGCCCCCAGGAGGUGCCGACCCCCCCGUCCUGCUCUGAGCACCGCGCCGAGUGCGAGAGGCUGCUGACGGACGCGGCCUUCGAGGACUGCCGGGACCUGGUGCCGCUGGAGCUGCACGUGCAGGCCUGCAUGCAGGACCGCUGCCAGUGCCCGCGCGGCACCUCCUGCGUCUGCAGCACCAUCGCCGAGUUCUCCCGCCAGUGUUCCCAUGCCGGGGGCAGGCCGCGGAACUGGAGGACCGCCUCGCUCUGCCCUAAGAGCUGCCCCGCGACCAUGGUUUACCUGGAGAGCGGCUCGCCCUGCAUGGACACCUGCUCACACCUGGAGGUCAGCAGCCUGUGUGAGGAGCAUCGCAUGGACGGCUGUUUCUGCCCAGAAGGCACGGUGUACGAUGACAUCAAGGGUGGCGGCUGCAUCCCCGUGAACCAGUGUCACUGCAAGCUGCACGGACACCUGUACGCGCCUGGCCAACAGGUCACCAACAACUGCGAGCAGUGUGUCUGCAACGCCGGCCGCUGGGUGUGCCAGGACCUGCAGUGCCCCAGGACCUGUGCCCUGGAGGGCGGCGCCCACAUCACCACCUUCGACGGGAGGAAGUACACGUUCCACGGGGACUGCUACUACGUGCUGACCAAGGGCGCCCACAACGACUCCUAUGCCAUCCUGGGCGAGCUGAGCCCCUGCGGCUCCACCGACAAGCAGACCUGCCUGAAGACGGUGGUGCUGCUGGCUGACAACAAGAAGAACGUGGUGGCCUUCAAGUUGGACGGCACCGUCCUGCUGAAUGAGCUGCAGGUGAACCUGCCCCACGUGACAGCGAGCUUCUCCAUCUUUCAACCGUCCUCCCACCACCUCGUCGUGACCACCGCCUUCGGCCUCAGGCUGCAGGUCCAGCUGGUGCCGGUCAUGCAGCUCUUCGUGGCGCUGGACCAUGCUGCCCAGGGGCUGGUGCAGGGCCUCUGCGGGAACUACAACGGCCUCGAAGGUGACGACUUCAAGACGGCCGGUGGGCUGGUGGAGGCCACGGGCGCCGGCUUCGCCAACACCUGGAAGGCGCAGUCGAGCUGCCACGACAAGCUGGACUGGCUGGAUGACCCCUGCUCCCUGAACAUCGAGAGCGCCAACUACGCUGAGCACUGGUGCUCCCUGCUGAAGAAGGCGGAGACCCCGUUCGGCAAGUGCCACUCCGCCGUGGACCCAGCCGAGUACUACAAGAGGUGCAAAUACGACACGUGCAACUGCCAGAGCACGGAGGACUGCCUGUGCGCGGCCCUGUCCUCCUACGCCCGCGCCUGCGCCAUCAAGGGCGUCAUGCUGUGGGGCUGGCGGGAGCGCGUCUGCCACAAGGACGUGGACUCCUGCCCCAGGUCGCAAGUCUUCCUGUACAACCUGACCACCUGCCAGAAGACCUGCCGCUCGCUGUCUGAGCCUGACACCCGCUGUCUCGAGGGCUUCGCGCCCGUGGACGGCUGCGGCUGCCCGGACCAUACCUUCCUGGACCAGAAGGGCCACUGCGUGCCCCUGGCCAAGUGCUCCUGCUACCACAGUGGCCUCUACCUGGAGGCGGGCGAGGUCAUCCUGAGGCAGGAGGAGCGAUGCGUUUGCCGAAACGGGCGGCUGCACUGCCUGCAGGUCAAGCUGCUCAGCCAGCGCUGUGCGGCCCCGAGGAUCCACGUCGACUGCAACAACCUGACGGCGCUGGCCAUCCGGAACCGCAGGCCCGCCAGCUGCCAGACGCUGGCUGUCGGCUAUUACCAGACGGAGUGCGUCAGUGGCUGCGUGUGCCCCGAGGGGCUGGUUGACGAUGGCCGGGGCGGCUGCGUGGUGGAGGAGGCGUGCCCGUGUGUGCACAACAACGAUCUGUACUCCCCCGGCGACAAGAUCAGGGUGGAUUGCAACACCUGCACCUGCCAGAAAGGGCGCUGGGCGUGCACCCAGUCCGUGUGCCAUGGCACCUGUGCCAUCUAUGGGAACAGCCACUACAUCACCUUCGAUGGGAAGUACUAUGACUUCGAUGGACACUGCUCCUACGUGGCCGUUCAGGACUACUGUGGCCAGAACUCCUCACUGGGGUCCUUCAGCAUCAUCACCGAGAAGGUCCCCUGUGGCACCACGGGCGUCACCUGCUCCAAGGCCAUCAAGAUCUUCAUAGGGCGGACGGAGCUAAAGCUGGAGGACAAACACCGCAUGGUGAUACAGCGUGACGCGGGCCGCCAUGUGGCCUACACCACGCGGGAAGUGGGCCAGUACCUGGUGGUGGAGGCCAGCGUCGGCAUCAUCGUCAUCUGGGACAAGAGGACCACCAUCUUCAUCAAGCUCGCCCCCUCCUACAAGGGCACUGUGUGUGGCCUGUGUGGGAACUUUGACCAGCGAUCCAGCAACGACUUCACCACGCGGGACCACAUGGUGGUGGAGGGUGGGCUGGACUUCGGGAACAGCUGGAAGGCGGCCCCCACCUGUCCGGACGUGAACACCAUCCCCGAGCCGUGCACCCUGAAGCCGCACCGCCGCUCCUGGGCCGAGAAGCAGUGCAGUAUCAUCAAGGGCCCAGUCUUCGGGGUCUGCCACAGCAAGGUGGACCCCAAGCCCUUCUACGAGGCCUGCGUCCACGACACGUGCUCCUGCGACACGGGCGGAGACUGUGAGUGUUUGUGCUCUGCCGUGGCCGCCUACGCCCAGGAGUGCACCAAGGAGGGGGCCUGCGUGUUCUGGAGGAGGCCCGACCUGUGCCCCAUAUUCUGUGACUACUACAACCCCCCGGACGAGUGCCAGUGGCAUUACGAGCCCUGCGGGAACCGCAGCUUUGAGACGUGCAGGACGGUCAGCGGCAUCCACUCCAACAUCUCCGUGUCCUACCUGGAGGGCUGCUACCCCCGGUGCCCUAAGGAAAGUCCCAUCUACAACGAGGACCUGAAGAAGUGUGUCACACGGGACCAAUGUGGUUGCUACAGCGGGGACAUUCACUACCCACCUGGAACGUCUGUGCCCACGGAGCGGAUCUGCCACUCUUGCGUGUGUGACAACUCCUCGCAAGUUGUCUGCCGGCCAGAAAACGGGACGAUUCUCAAAAAAACCGAGGACAGCCCCUUCUGCUACUGGGAAAUCUGUGACGUCAACGGGAUGGUGGAGAAGCACUUCAACAUCUGCGUGUACACCCCACCACCCUCGUCCCCCUCAACACCCGCCACCACCACCUCUGUCACCCCCAUCACGCCCUCCACCACCACGAGCACCACUCCGACCACCAGUACAGUGUCAUCUCCCUCGUCAACAACUCAGAGGCUAUGCUGCUUCUGGUCCGACUGGAUCAACGACGACCAUCCCAGGAUCGGCAGUGACGGUGGAGACCGAGAGACAUUCAACCGCGUCUGCAGGGCCCCCAAGGAUAUCGAGUGCAGGGUGGCCGUAGAGCCCCACCUCAGCUGGGAGGAGCUGGGCCAGGAGGCUCAGUGCAAUGUCUCCUUCGGGUUCAUCUGCAAGAACGAAGACCAGUUUCGAAACGGACCUUUUGGAGUCUGCUAUGACUACGAGAUACGAGUCUAUUGUUGCCUGCUGAUGGAUGAGUGUCCCACGACCACGGUCACGAUCCCCACCACCACCCCGUCAACCACCCCACCCACCACCACCCCCACCACCCCCACCACCCCACCCACCACCACCCCAACCAGCACCCCACACACCACCCCACCCACCCCACCCACCACCACCCCCACCACCCCACACACCACCACCACCACCACCCCCACCACCCCACCCACCACCACCCCAACCACCACACCACCCACCCCACCCACCACCACCCCCACCACCCCACACAGCACCACCCCCACCACAACCCCAGCCACCACCACCCCCACCACAAUAGGGACUCCAACUCCAACCACUCCAGAGACCCCAACCACAACACCCAGCACCACUUCAACUGGGACUCCAACUUCCACCACUCCAGAGACCCCAAACACAACACCCAGCACCACUUCAACUGGAACUCCAACUUCCACCACGCCAGAGACCCCAACCACAACACCCACCACCACUUCAACUGGGACUCCAACUCCCACCCCCACCACAACCUCAACAGAGACUCCAACUCCAACCACUCCAGAGACCCCAACCACAACACCCACCACCACUUCAACUGGGACUCCGACUCAGACCCCCAGCACAACCUCAACAGAGACUCCAACUCCAACCACUCCAGAGACCCCAACCACAACACCCAGCACCACUUCAACGGGAACUCCAACUUCCACCACUCCAGAGACCCCAACCACAACACCCAGCACCACUUCAACUGGAACUCCAACUUCUACCACUCCAGAGACCCCAACCACAACACCCAGCACCACUUCAACUGGAACUCCAACUUCCACCACUCCAGAGACCCCAACCACAACACCCACCACCACUUCAACUGGAACUCCAACUUCCACCACUCCAGAGACCCCAACCACAACACCCAGCACCACUUCAACUGGGACUCCAACUCCGACCCCCACCACAACCUCAACAGAGACUCCAACUCCAACCACUCCAGAGACCUCAACCACAACACCCACCACCACUUCAACUGGGACUCCAACUCUGACCCCCAGCACAACCUCAACAGAGACUCCAACCACUCCAGAGACCCCAACCACAACACCCACCACCACUUCAACUGGGACUCCAACUUCCACCACUCCAGAGACCCCAACCACAACACCCAGCACCACUUCAACUGGAACUCCAACUUCCACAACUCCAGAGACCCCAACCACAACACCCACCACCACUUCAACUGGGACUCCAACUCCCACUCCCACCACAACCUCAACAGAGACUCCAACUCCAACCACUCCAGAGACCCCAACCACAACACCCAGCACCACUUCAACUGGGACUCCGACUCCGACCCCCAGCACAACCUCAACAGAGACUCCAACUCCAACCACUCCAGAGACCCCAACCACAACACCCAGCACCACUUCAACUGGGACUCCGACUCCGACCCCCAGCACAACCUCAACAGAGACUCCAACUCCAACCACUCCAGAGACCCCAACCACAACACCCAGCACCACUUCAACGGGAACUCCAACUUCCACCACUCCAGAGACCCCAACCACAACACCCAGCACCACUUCAACUGGAACUCCAACUUCCACCACUCCAGAGACCCCAACCACAACACCCACCACCACUUCAACUGGGACUCCAACUCCCACUCCCACCACAACCUCAACAGAGAUUCCAACUCCAACCACUCCAGAGACCCCAACCACAACACCCAGCACCACUUCAACGGGAAAUCCAACUUCCACCACUCCAGAGACCCCAACCACAACACCCAGCACCACUUCAACUGGAACUCCAACUUCCACCACUCCAGAGACCCCAACCACAACACCCACCACCACUUCAACUGGGACUCCAACUCCGACCCCCACCACAACCUCAACAGAGACUCCAACUCCAACCACUCCAGAGACCCCAACCACAACACCCACCACCACUUCAACUGGAACUGCAACUCUGACCCCCAGCACAACCUCAACAGAGACUCCAACCACUCCAGAGACCCCAACCACAACACCCACCACCACUUCAACUGGGACUCCAACUUCCACCACUCCAGAGACCCCAACCACAACACCCAGCACCACUUCAACUGGAACUCCAACUUCCACCACUCCAGAGACCCCAACCACAACACCCAGCACCACUUCAACUGGAACUCCAACUUCCACCACUCCAGAGACCCCAACCACAACACCCACCACCACUUCAACUGGGACUCCAACUUCCACCACUCCAGAGACCCCAACCACAACACCCACCACCACUUCAACUGGGACUCCACCUUCCACCACUCCAGAGACCCCAACCACAACACCCACCACCACUUCAACUGGGACUCCAACUCCCACCCCCACCACAACCUCAACAGAGACUCCAACUCCAACCACUCCAGAGACCCCAACCACAACACCCACCACCACUUCAACUGGGACUCCAACUCUGACCCCCAGCACAACCUCAACAGAGACUCCAACUCCAACCACUCCAGAGACCCCAACCACAACACCCAGCACCACUUCAACUGGAACUCCAACUUCCACCACUCCAGAGACCCCAACCACAAUACCCAGCACCACUUCAACUGGAACUCCAACUUCCACCACUCCAGAGACCCCAACCACAACACCCACCACCACUUCAACUGGGACUCCAACUCCCACCCCCACCACAACCUCAACAGAGACUCCAACUCCAACCACUCCAGAGACCCCAACCACAACACCCACCACCACUUCAACUGGGACUCCGACUCCGACCCCCAGCACAACCUCAACAGAGACUCCAACUCCAACCACACCAGAGACCCCAACCACAACACCCAGCACCACUUCAACGGGAACUCCAACUUCCACCACUCCAGAGACCCCAACCACAACACCCAGCACCACUUCAACUGGAACUCCAACUUCCACCACUCCAGAGACCCCAACCACAACACCCACCACCACUUCAACUGGGACUCCAACUCCCACUCCCACCACAACCUCAACAGAGACUCCAACUCCAACCACUCCAGAGACCCCAACCACAACACCCAGCACCACUUCAACGGGAACUCCAACUUCCACCACUCCAGAGACCCCAACCACAACACCCAGCACCACUUCAACGGGAACUCCAACUUCCACCACUCCAGAGACCCCAACCACAACACCCAGCACCACUUCAACUGGAACUCCAACUUCCACCACUCCAGAGACCCCAACCACAACACCCAGCACCAGUUCAACUGGAACUCCAACUUCCACCACUCCAGAGACCCCAACCACAACACCCACCACCACUUCAACUGGAACUCCAACUUCCACCACUCCAGAGACCCCAACCACAACACCCAGCACCACUUCAACUGGGACUCCAACUCCAACCCCCACCACAACCUCAACAGAGACACCAACCCCGACCACUACAGAGAUCCCAACCACAACACCCACCACCACUUCAACUGGGACUCCAACUCCGACCCCCACCACAACCUCAACAGAGACUCCAACUCCAACCACUCCAGAGACCUCAACCACAACACCCACCACCACUUCAACUGGGACUCCAACUCUGACCCCCAGCACAACCUCAACAGAGACUCCAACCACUCCAGAGACCCCAACCACAACACCCACCACCACUUCAACUGGGACUCCAACUUCCACCACUCCAGAGACCCCAACCACAACACCCAGCACCACUUCAACUGGAACUCCAACUUCCACCACUCCAGAGACCCCAACCACAACACCCACCACCACUUCAACUGGGACUCCAACUCCCACUCCCACCACAACCUCAACAGAGACUCCAACUCCAACCACUCCAGAGACCCCAACCACAACACCCAGCACCACUUCAACUGGGACUCCGACUCCGACCCCCAGCACAACCUCAACAGAGACUCCAACUCCAACCACUCCAGAGACCCCAACCACAACACCCAGCACCACUUCAACUGGGACUCCGACUCCGACCCCCAGCACAACCUCAACAGAGACUCCAACUCCAACCACUCCAGAGACCCCAACCACAACACCCAGCACCACUUCAACGGGAACUCCAACUUCCACCACUCCAGAGACCCCAACCACAACACCCAGCACCACUUCAACUGGAACUCCAACUUCCACCACUCCAGAGACCCCAACCACAACACCCACCACCACUUCAACUGGGACUCCAACUCCCACUCCCACCACAACCUCAACAGAGAUUCCAACUCCAACCACUCCAGAGACCCCAACCACAACACCCAGCACCACUUCAACGGGAACUCCAACUUCCACCACUCCAGAGACCCCAACCACAACACCCAGCACCACUUCAACUGGAACUCCAACUUCCACCACUCCAGAGACCCCAACCACAACACCCACCACCACUUCAACUGGGACUCCAACUCCGACCCCCACCACAACCUCAACAGAGACUCCAACUCCAACCACUCCAGAGACCCCAACCACAACACCCACCACCACUUCAACUGGAACUGCAACUCUGACCCCCAGCACAACCUCAACAGAGACUCCAACCACUCCAGAGACCCCAACCACAACACCCACCACCACUUCAACUGGGACUCCAACUUCCACCACUCCAGAGACCCCAACCACAACACCCAGCACCACUUCAACUGGAACUCCAACUUCCACCACUCCAGAGACCCCAACCACAACACCCAGCACCACUUCAACUGGAACUCCAACUUCCACCACUCCAGAGACCCCAACCACAACACCCAGCACCACUUCAACUGGGACUCCAACUUCCACCACUCCAGAGACCCCAACCACAACACCCACCACCACUUCACCUGGGACUCCACCUUCCACCACUCCAGAGACCCCAACCACAACACCCACCACCACUUCAACUGGGACUCCGACUCCGACCCCCAGCACAACCUCAACAGAGACUCCAACUCCAACCACACCAGAGACCCCAACCACAACACCCAGCACCACUUCAACGGGAACUCCAACUUCCACCACUCCAGAGACCCCAACCACAACACCCAGCACCACUUCAACGGGAACUCCAACUUCCACCACUCCAGAGACCCCAACCACAACACCCAGCACCACUUCAACUGGAACUCCAACUUCCACCACUCCAGAGACCCCAACCACAACACCCACCACCACUUCAACUGGGACUCCAACUCCCACUCCCACCACAACCUCAACAGCGACUCCAACUCCAACCACUCCAGAGACCCCAACCACAACACCCAGCACCACUUCAACUGGGACUCCGACUCCGACCCUCAGCACAACCUCAACAGAGACUCCAACUCCAACCACUCCAGAGACCCCAACCACAACACCCAGCACCACUUCAACUGGAACUCCAACUUCCACCACUCCAGAGACCCCAACCACAACACCCAGCACCACUUCAACUGGAACUCCAACUUCCACCACUCCAGAGACCCCAACCACAACACCCACCACCACUUCAACUGGAACUCCAACUUCCACCACUCCAGAGACCCCAACCACAACACCCAGCACCACUUCAACUGGGACUCCAACUCUGACCCCCAGCACAACCUCAACAGAGACUCCAAGCACUCCAGAGACCCCAACCACAACACCCACCACCACUUCAACUGGGACUCCAACUUCCACCACUCCAGAGACCCCAACCACAACACCCAGCACCACUUCAACUGGAACUCCAACUUCCACCACUCCAGAGACCCCAACCACAACACCCAGCACCACUUCAACUGGAACUCCAACUUCCACCACUCCAGAGACCCCAACCACAACACCCACCACCACUUCAACUGGGACUCCAACUCCCACCCCCACCACAACCUCAACAGAGACUCCAACUCCAACCACUCCAGAGACCCCAACCACAACACCCACCAGCACUUCAACUGGGACUCCAACUCCCACCCCCACCACAACCUCAACAGAGACUCCAACUCCAACCACUCCAGAGACCCCAACCACAACACCCACCACCACUUCAACUGGGACUCUGACUCCGACCCCCAGCACAACCUCAACAGAGACUCCAACUCCAACCACUUCAGAGACCCCAACCACAACACCCAGCACCACUUCAACUGGAACUCCAACUUCCACCACUCCAGAGACCCCAACCACAACACCCACCACCACUUCAACUGGGACUCCAACUCCGACCCCCACCACAACCUCAACAGAGACUCCAACUCCAACCACUCCAGAGACCCCAACCACAACACCCACCACCACCACCACCACUCCCACCACCACACCCACCACCACCACCACCACCACAACCCCAGCCACCACCACCCCCACCACCCCACACACCACCCCACCCACCCCCACACACACUGCCCCACCCACCACCACACUGACAACCUCCACAGAGCCAGUAUCCACUGAGUGUUUGCCACACUGCCGAUGGACUGGCUGGGAGGAUUCUAGAAAACCAAACUUUACCAGAGAAGGUGGAGACGUUGAGUCCCUUGAGAACUUCUGUAAUUUGGGCAGGGUGACCAACAUCUCCUGCAGGGCCACCAUGUUUCCCAACGUUCCCCUCCAGGAGCUUGGACAAAACGUGGUGUGUAACACCUCUGUUGGGCUCAUUUGCAAAAACCAAGACCAGAAGCCAGGGGGAGCCAUCUCCACAACUUACUGCCUCAACUAUGAGAUCAAUGUCUACUGCUGCGCUCUUCCAUUUAACUGUGUCCCCAGAACUUCGACCACCACCACCACAGAGACCACAACCCCCACCACUACCACACCUACAACCACAGAGACCCCAACACCAACACACACCACCAUGGUGACCCCAACACCGCCACCGACCACAACCUCAACAGAGACUCCAACCACGACCCCUACCACGACUUCAUCAGAGACCCUAACACCAACACCCACCACCACUUCAACUGGGACUCCAACUCCGACCCCCAGCACAACCACAACAGAGACUCCAACCACUACAGAGACCCCAACCACAACACCCACCACCACUUCAAUUGGGACUCCAACUCUGACCCCCAGCACAACCACAACAGAGAUUCCAACUCCAACCACUACAGAGAUCCCAACCAGAACACCCACCACCACUUCAACUGGAACUCCAACUUCCACCACUCCAGAGACCCCAACCACAACGCCCAGCACCACUUCAACUGGAACUCCAACUUCCACCACUCCAGAGACCCCAACCACAACACCCAGCACCACUUCAACUGGAACUCCAACUUCCACCACUCCAGAGACCCCAACCACAACACCCACCACCAUUUCAACUGGGACUCCAACUCCCACCCCCACCACAACGUCAACAGAGACUGCAACUCCAACCACUCCAGAGGCCCCAACCACAACACCCACUACCACUUCAACUGGAACUCCAACUUCCACCACUCCACAGACCCCAACCACAACACCCACCACCACUUCAACUGGGACUCCAACUCCGACCCCCACCACAACCUCAACAGAGACUCCAACUCCAACCACUCCAGAGACCCCAACCACAACACCCAGCACCACUUCAACGGGAACUCCAACUUCCACCACUCCAGGGACCCCAACCACAACACCCACCACCACUUCAACUGGGACUCCAACUCCCACCCCCACCACAACCUCAACAGAGACUCCAACUCCAACCACUCCAGAGACCCCAACCACAACACCCAGCACCACUUCAACUGGGACUCUGACUCCGACCCCCAGCACAACCUCAACAGAGACUCCAACUUCCACCACUCCAGAGACCCCAACCACAACACCCACCACCACUUCAACUGGAACUGCCACUUCCACCACUCCAGAGACCCCAACCACAACACCCACCACCACUUCAACUGGGACUCCAACUCCCACCCCCACCACAACCUCAACAGAGACACCAACCCCGACCACUACAGAGAUCCCAACCACAACACCCACCACCACUUCAACUGGGACUCCAACUCCGGCCCCCCCCACAACCUCAACAGAGACUCCAACGACUCCGGAGACCCCAACCACAACACCCACCACCACUUCAACUGGAACUCCAACUCCGACCCCCAGCACAACCUCAACAGAGAGUCCAACCACUCCAGAGACCCCAACCACAACACCCAGCACCACUUCAACUGGAACUCCAACUUCCACCACUCCAGAGACCCCAACCACAACACCCAGCACCACUUCAACUGGAACUCCAACUUCUACCACUCCAGAGACCCCAACCACCACACCCACCACCACUUCAACUGGGACUCUGACUCUGACCCCCAGCACAACCUCAACAGAGACUCCAACUCCAACCACUCCAGAGACCCCAACCACCACACCCACCACCACACCCACCACCACCACCACCACAACCCCAGCCACCACCACCCCCACCACCCCACACACCACCCCACCCACCCCCACACACACCACCCCACCCACCACGACCCCCACCACCCCGCCCACCACCACACUGACAACCUCCACAGAGCCAGUAUCCACUGAGUGUUUGCCACACUGCCGAUGGACUGGCUGGGAGGAUUCUAGAAAACCAAACUUUACCAGAGAAGGUGGAGACGUUGAGUCCCUUGAGAACUUCUGUAAUUUGGGCAGGGUGACCAACAUCUCCUGCAGGGCCACCAUGUUUCCCAACGUUCCCCUCCAGGAGCUUGGACAAAACGUGGUGUGUAACACCUCUGUUGGGCUCAUUUGCAAAAACCAAGACCAGAAGCCAGGGGGAGCCAUCUCCACAACUUACUGCCUCAACUAUGAGAUCAAUGUCUACUGCUGCGCUCUUCCAUUUAACUGUGUCCCCAGAACUUCGACCACCACCACAGAGACCCCAAGUACGACCCCCACCGCUACUUCAACAGAGACAACACCCACCACCACUUCAACUGGAACUCCAACUCCGACCCCCAGCACCAUCUCAACAGAGACUCCAAGUCCGACCACUACAGAGACCCCAACCACAACACCCACUACCACCUCAACAGAGACUCCAACUCCGACCACUAAAGAGACCCCAACCACAACACCCACCACCACUUCAACUGGAACUCCAACUCCGACCGCCACCACCACAGAGACAAUCCCCACCGCUACCAGAACCACAGAGACCCCAACACCAAUAACCACCACCACAGUGACCCCAAAACCACCACUGACCACCACCUCCACAGCGACUCCAACUCCGACCCUCACUAUUAGCACCACCUCCACAGAGACUCCAACACCUACACCCACCAUAACAGAGACCCCAACUCCAGCCUCCACCACCACAGAAACCCCCUCCUCCACCACUACCACAACCACAGAGACUCCAACCCCACCUCCCAACAUUAGCACUACCAGCAGCACAUCACAAUCUCUUCCUACGUCCUCCCCUCCAACCUCCCAGUCCACCUCUCCCUCUUCCACGGAAUCUACCACGCUUGUGACCACCACCCCAACAACUGAGGAGGCAUACAGCACACCACAGACCCCAGUGUCGACAGAACCAGCCAUCAGUACAACAGGAGGCACCACGCCCUCUCCACCUACACCUGGCACCACCCCUCCAGUGAGAGCGUUCCCCAAGAAGGCUCCAGGAGGGCUUGCCUGCCUCUCCUGCCCCAAAGUCCCGCUGCUGAGCGUUCAGGGAGCUGCUGACCCCACAGUACGUCUUUCCUCGGGCAUGGCUGCCUGUGGCCACGAUGGGCUAUGCUCGCCAACCUCGGGUCCCACCUCCUCGAAGACCACUCCCACCCACGGAACCACGACUGGGCCCCCUUCAUCCACCACAGGGCCCCCUUCCACACCCACACCCACUCCCAAGACUGUGUCAAUGACUUCCACAGGAACUUCCACACCAAUAGGACACUCGUCGACCAUGCCACCCAUGCCACAGACCACCAGCACCUUGACCUCCAGUGUGACCACCCCCACGGUGAUCCCAUUAACCUCACCCAACAUCACCACGAGCAUCACCACCGCCACCCAGAGGAUAUGCUGCUAUUUGAAUGACACGUAUUAUGCCCCAGGUGAGCUGGUGUACAACAGCACACAAGGAGACACCUGCUACUACGUGAACUGCUCGCUGGAGUGCACCCUCGAGAUCUUCAACUGGUCCUGCCCAUCCACACCCUCCCCAACUCCCAGCCCAUCCAUACCCACCACCCGGCCAUCCAUGGCAUCCAGUGUGCCGUCCACCACCAAGCCCCCUGCAUGCCUGGACUUCGAUCCUCCCAGACAGGAGAACGAGGCCUGGUGGCUGUGUAACUGCACCAUGGCCAUCUGCAAGUACAACAACACCGUGGAGCUCGUGGAGGUGAAGUGCGACCCCCCACCCAUGCCCACCUGCUCCAACGGCCUCAUGCCAGUGCGCGUCGAGGACCCCGACAAGUGCUGCUGGCACUGGGAGUGUGACUGCUACUGCACGGGCUGGGGGGACACGCACUACGCCACCUUCGAUGGGCUCUACUACAGCUACCAGGGCAACUGCACGUACGUGCUGGUGGAGGAGAUCACCCCCACCAUAGACAACUUCGGGGUCUACAUCGACAACUACCACUGUGACGUCAGCAGCCAAGUGUCUUGCCCCCGCGCGCUCAUCGUGCGCCACGAGACCCAGGAGGUGCUGAUCAAGACCGUGCACACGAUGCCCAUGAGGGUGCAGGUGCAGGUCAACAGGCAGGCUGUGGCGCUGCCCUAUAAGAAGUACGGGCUGCAGGUGUACCAGUCAGGCAUCAAGUACGUGGUGGACAUCCCUGAGCUGGGCGCCCUCAUCUCCUACGACAGCCUUUCCUUCUCCAUCCGGCUGCCCUACCACCGGUUCAGCAACAACACGAAGGGCCGGUGUGGCACGUGCACCAACAACACCUCGGAUGACUGCAUGCUGCCCAGCGGGGAGGUCGUCACCAGCUGCGAGGUUGCGGCUGACCACUGGGUGGUGAACGACCCCUCGGAGCCGCACUGUCCCCACAGGGGCUUCACCACCGAGCGACCGGCCACCUGGCCGUCGGUGGGCAGCAGCACGACCACCAGGACGGGCUCUCCGUCUCCACUCUGCGAGCUCAUCAAGGACAGCUUGUUCGCCCCGUGCCACGCUGUGGCAUCCCCCAAGCACUACUACGAAGCCUGCAUAUCCGACAGCCUCACUGUGCCCGACUCAAGCCUGGAGUGCGCCAGCCUGCAGACAUACGCAGCCCUCUGUGCCCAGGAGGGCAUCUGUGUCGACUGGCGGAGCCACUCUGGCGGGGCCUGCCUGGUGACGUGCCCGGAGCACCGAGAGUACCGGGCCUGUGGUCCCGUGGAGGAGCCCACCUGCAAGUCCAGCCACACCCAGGCAAAGAGCCCACGUCUGGUGGAAGGCUGCUUCUGUCCCAAGGGCACCACCAGCUACGCGUCCGGCUUCGACGUCUGCGUGGACCUGUGCGGCUGCGUGGGGCCCGACAACUUGCCCAGAGAGUUUGGGGAGCACUUCGAGUUCGACUGCAAGGACUGCAUCUGCCUGGAGGGGGGCAGCGGCAUCAUCUGCAGGCCCAAGACAUGCCACCCGGUACCCUUUGUGGAGUGCAAGGAGGACGGCACCUACACUGUCACAGAGGUCGACCCCGCCAACACCUGCUGCAACAUCACCUCCUGCGCGUGCAACGCCAGCCUGUGUAGGGGGAAGCCCCCGCUGUGCCAGCUGGGCUUCGAGGUGAAGAGCGAGAUGGUCCCUGGGAGGUGCUGCCCCUUCUACUCGUGUGUGCCCAAGGGCGUGUGUGUUCUCAGGAACGCUGAGUACCAGCCCGGUUCUCCAGUCUUCUCCUCCAAGUGCGAGAACUGCAUGUGCACCAAACACAGAGAGAACGCCACGCAGCUCAACGCCAUCUCCUGCACCCACGUGCCUUGCAACACCUCCUGCAACCACGGCUUUGAGCUGGUGGACGUCCCCGGCGAGUGUUGCAAGAAGUGCCAGCAGACCCAGUGCAUCAUCGUCAUCAACCGGCCCGGCAGCCAGAACCUGGUCCUGAAGCCCGGGGACAUGAAGAGAGACCCCCUGAACAACUGUACCUUCUUCAGCUGCAUGAAGAUACAUGGCCAGUUCAUCUCAUCCGUCUCCAACAUCACCUGCCCCGACUUUGACCCCAGCACCUGCCUCCCGGGCUCCGUCACACUCAUGCCCAAUGGCUGCUGCAGGAAAUGCCUCCCUCGCAAUGAGACCAGGAUCUUCUGCUCCACCGUCCCUGUCGUCAGGGAAAUUUCGCACAAUGGCUGCACCAAGUUGGUCACCAUGAACGAUUGCUCUGGGUCCUGCGAGACCUUCGCCAUGUACUCGGCCAAGGCCCAGUCCCUGGACCACAGCUGCUCCUGCUGCAAGGAGCAGAGCACCAGCCAGCGGGAGGUGAUGCUGCAGUGCCCGGGCGGGGGCUUGCUCCGUCACACCUACACCCACAUCGACAGCUGUCUGUGCCAGGACACCGUGUGCGAGCUGCCCCCCCAGCGCAGGGCCCGGCGCUCUGGCCCCAGGGACCUGGGCCCGGGGCGGGGGUGAGUGGGGGGCGCUCGGCCACCCGUGCCCCGCCUCCACCAUCCGUACACCCCCUCCCAUUGACCCUCUGAGCUUCCUCGCCUCCUAAGCUGACCUUCUCUCUGCGGAUAUUUAUUUUCCAAGCC